AUGCAUAUCUCCACCCUUGUCCUCCUUGGUGCUACCACCAUCCAGGCCAGUGUUCUCGUCGAGCGCGCUGUUGAGAAUGGUCCUUGCACUGGCGCCGGCGGUGCACCCGGCGUAUGCAUCCCCACUGCCAAAUGUACUGUUGAUGGCGGAAACUACAUCAGCAACGCUUGUCCGGGCCUCCCCAACGAUAUUAAGUGCUGUACGAAAGCCUCCUGCGGCUCAGGCGGUAACUGCCGCUUCUCGUCGACUUGCAGUGGAACGAGCUUGAGUGGGCUAUGUCCCGGCCCGGCCGACUUCAAGUGUUGUGUGCCCAGCUCUGGUGGCACUAGCGGUCCUUACCCACCCCCUGCCAUCCCCUCGGUGGGUGCUUGCAAGGCAGCGUCCGUUUCGGGUGCCCAGAAGGUUGUUGCUGGCAACCCAGGCAAGGUUCGACAGAUCUAUUGCACAAGGGAUUGCUCGUGCCCUGGAUCGAGUGACCACUGCUGUGGGCUGGCUAUUGAUUUCAUGUGUUCAUCGGCUGGUGGUGUCCGGACCGAUAUUGGAGGACCUAUCGCCGAAUGGGUCAUGAAUAACCGUGCUUCUCUGGGACUCAAGUACGUUAUCUGGGGACAAAAGAUCUGGAAUCCUUCGCAAGACUCGGUCAAGCCAUGGUCGCAAUGGCGCGGCAUGGACGAUAGGGGCUCCAUCACUGCAAACCACUGGGACCAUGUCCAUGUGAGCUUCAACGGUUAG